AUGGCUGGCCUUUAUCAUGGGCACUUGCUCGAGUUUCCACUCAUAAGAGUAGACAACUUCACCAAACCGCCCCCGACCGGUCAGCCCUGGCUACUGCCAGACCCCAAGAACCCCUCCUUACCACCUAGGCCCGCUCCCAAUGCCCAGAUCUUCCUCCUCACGCAUAUUCACACCGACCACUUGGAAGGUCUCAGCAAUAAAUUCAGUGGAAGAAUUAUCUGCUCUGCGGAUACGAAGCGUUUGCUGUUACGUCUGGAAUUCGAGCGCGAUCGCCAGGACCUGCGUGAUGGUACCACGGAAGUUAUCCGCCGCAAGUACCCGGGUCUGGAACCUCGCCGCUACUCAGCAACAUCGACUGCCGACGUCUUCGAGGACGCACUCCAGGUGCUUGUUAAACAACUGUCCCUCUACCCCAAAGACACCAUCUUCUUCUUUAACAUUUGGACUCCGGGAUGGGAAGAAGUAAUCAAGUUCGUCGCCCAGGUGUUUCAUGACAAGGUUCAUGCCGACCGUUACAAGCGCACGCUGUAUAUGGCUGUGGAAACAGACCCGUUCCUGUUCAAUUGCACAACGACCGACGAAUCGAGUACCCGGUUCCAUGCUUGUGAGCGUUAUGCCAGGUGUGGCAAGUGCGACAAAUCCCUCAAGCCAACGCAAGAGACCGUCAAUUCGAAGCAACCUGGUCUCAUCGUUGAAGUCUCCAUGACCGAGGUCGGUGCUGCUAGGUGCGCCGAAUCCCACAGCAAAUUCCUCGCGGACGUCGACAAUAUGAAAGCUGGCCUCAAAGAAUGGCCAACCGAGAUUGAGGUCCCAAUCGCUCGUCACGCCUCUUUCAUGGAGUUGCGGGCCUUGGUUAAUCUGUUCCGCCCACGAGCUCUCUCACCAAACACACUCAUCGCCGAUCGACAAGGUAUUGACUACUUUUGGUUUGCCGACUUGUUUAGGGAUGUUCUGCCAGACGAAGCGUACGAGUUGGGUCUUGCCGAGAGGGACUACUGGUUCUCGCGUCAACCGCGUUUUGGCCCCCAGUGGCUUGCAAGUUCCAAAGACGGCCCAUUGAUGCGUCAACUUCUUGGUCGAUUCGGCUUCACGUUCCAAGGCAGCAGUAUUCGUCUCAACACGUCUUCUGAAGGUAGCAACGACAAGCGUAAGACCACGAAACGGAGUUCUUCCGAAAUGGAGCUGAACGACAAGGCUGAGACCCCGAAACGACAUUCUUCCGAGAUGAAGCUCCCCAUCCCCGACGUUGUGUCUCCAACCGGCAAAUCCUCGCAACGAGAUUUCUCCUCCCCCUUCUCGCUUGGCAAUAAGCGCCGCCGCCGCAAAACCUCGUUUCCAGUGAACAUCGCCCACCUCAGCUCCCUUGCCCAUUGA